CCCCAUCCCGCAUAUUUGUCGAAUUGCAGCCAUUCAACGCAGACCGCUGGCGGCAAUGUUGUACGAGUUGAUUGCGAUUGUCCGUCCGGGCAGCCUCCACGAGGUCCGAGAAAUCGCCCGCAACGCUGGUAUUCAAGUCCUCCGGUCCGGCGGCGUAGUCCGCGGCUACACGAAUUGGGGCAACUUUCGAUUGCCCAGGCCCACCACGAAACAUCAAGCCCGGUAUACAGAUGGUCACCACUUCAUCAUGCGAUUCGACGCAUCGGGGCCAGUGCAAACGGCCGUCCGGAGAACGCUCGGUCUUGACCCACGGAUGAUUCGUUUCUCGGUGGUGAAGCUCGGCGACAAGCUUGAAGAGAUCAAGGAUGUGGGAGGGCAGGUCGAAUGGAAUAAUAACCGCAACAUUGCCGACACUUUCAAAUAAUGGAUAUGUUAUGGCAUUUGUUGUUUGGAGGGUGUGUGACUGAGGCACAUCUCUGCUGUUUUUUUCUAUUCCUUCUCUUAUGUGUAUUAUGUUUUGGGAUCGGGUCAUGUUUUGUAUUAUCAUACUAGCAUUGUCGCAGGCGCAUAUAAAUCUGAAUCUCUUUGGCA